AUGGGGAAACACUUCCACCUCUACGAGAACAUUUCUCAGGUGAGCCCCUUUGAGGGGCCCCAGUACUACCUGGCCCCUCGGUGGGCCUUCUACAUGCAGAGCAUCUUCAUGGGCUUCGUCCUGUUUGCCGGAACUCCUCUGAACUUUGUUGUUCUCCUCGUGACGGCCAAGUACAAAAAGCUGCGAGUCCCUCUGAACUACAUCCUCGUCAACAUCUCCCUCGCGGGCUUCAUCUUCGCGGUCUUCUCCGUCAGCCAGGUCUUUGUCUCCACCAUCAAGGGCUACUUCUUCCUGGGUCACACCAUGUGUGCGCUGGAGUCCGCCAUGGGCUCGGUAGCAGGUCUGGUGACGGCCUGGUCUUUGGCCGUCUUGUCUUUUGAGAGAUACCUGGUCAUCUGUAAACCAUUUGGCGCCUUUAGGUUUGACAGCAAACACGCAGCCGCCGCCGUUGCCUUCACCUGGUUCAUGGGCAUCGGCUGUGCCGUCCCACCUUUCUUUGGUUGGAGCAGGUACAUCCCAGAGGGUCUGGGCUGCUCCUGUGGUCCGGACUGGUACACGCACAACGAGGAGUUUCACUGCAGCAGCUACACCAACUUCCUGAUGGUGACGUGCUUCAUCGCGCCCCUGUCCAUCAUCAUCUUCUCCUACUCCAACCUGCUGAACGCCCUGAGAGCCGUCGCGGCUCAGCAGACGGAGUCCGCCUCCACCCAGAAGGCGGAGAAAGAAGUGUCCAGGAUGAUCGUCGUCAUGGUGACGUCCUUCAUCACCUGCUACGGCCCCUACGCCCUCGCCGCUCUCUACUUCGCUCACUCCACCGACCGAGACAAAGACUAUCGGCUCGUCACCGUGCCGGCGUUCUUCUCCAAGAGCUCGUGCGUCUACAACCCGCUCAUCUACGUCUUCAUGAACAAACAGUUUAAAGUCUGCAUCAUGGAAACCGUGUUCGGAAAGAAAAUGGACGACUCAUCGGAGGUCUCUUCAAAGACAGAAGCUUCUACGGUUUCCACGGUUACGCCAUCCUAA